AUUUAUUCAUUCUUCUCAGGAUCAUUACAGUACAUCAUUUCAUUUAUACACAGUCUAAUAACCAUCAGUGAUUCUGCCAUUCCCAACCCUUGGAUGCACACAAAGAUUGGGAUAAUAUUAUCUUUGCAUAUAUAACACACACACAUUCAUUCACUUGUCACUACAUCUGUAGAUGUUCCCAAUAUACACACACAGACACCAAAUAGGUUACACAUCCAUAUUUAUUGAACUAUUGCAAGUUUCAGGUCUCAUCUUUCUUUGUUGUGUGGUGUUGCAGUCCAGGUUACCGGAAGCAACUGGCAAACUCCGGUAGCUGCCUAGAAAGCUUGAUAAUGCUAAACUUCCACACCGCGCAUGCGGAAUCACUCAGAUAACUGGAUUUCCUUAAUGUUGCCUGUUUUUGGGGAGAGCUUGGAAUACAAAACCAGCGAAAUAAGAAAAUACAUAAUAAUAAUAUUGUUAAAUACACCUGUUAUGAUACUGGAGAUGAUCUGAAUGUGAUGUGUGUGAUCAUCUAUAAGUGUGCAAUAUUUUAUCUAGUAUAAAAGCCAGUAAUAGAAGGUAUUUAGUCUAAAAGCCAGACCAGAUGGUUGUUAAGGAGGUCUUUUGCAGUAGGAGGCCAAUAGUGCUAGUGUACCGGACCUUUUUGUGGAAGGUUGAACAGCAAAGAGCGGUAAUUUCUACAUGUAAAUAUUUAUAUUCUAGUUUGUUUGUUUUGAUUUUUGUUUCUUUAUUUUUGCUAUCUUUUUUACGGAUAUAAUUUGUACAUAUUUAUGAGCAGUUUUGAAUGGACUGUAAUAAGGAACGGACACUGUCAAUAAAUGACAUUUUGCAUAUAAGUGCUCUGCCAUAUUCUUUGUGACCUGUAUUCCAUCAUGCCUCAUCACACUCUCCCUUGUGUGGUUUUAAACCUUUAUUAGUUUUUUUUUAAAUCCUGUUGAGCACAAAAGAAGAUUUUUUAAAUAAAAUUAAAACUGCUGGCUUUCUUUAUGUUUCAGAAGAAAGGAAAUGUUUAAAACCACAUGACGGAGAGUAAAUGACCUGAUGGUGCUGAAAGAAGAGACUCAUCAUUGGAAUAAAACGGAAGAGAAACAGUUUGAGAAACACCAAGAAACAACAACUGAUGAAAAACCCACACUGACUGAAAAGACUUCAUCAUGCGGAGGACCUUGGAAAUCCAAAUCUGCAUGUAAUUUUACUUGUCUUCAGUGUGGAAACUGUUUCACUCGAAAACACAACCUUCAAGUCCACAUGAGAGUUCACACUGGAGAAAAGCCUUACUCUUGCCCUCAGUGUGGAAAGAGUUUUAAGCAAAAUGGCUACCUUAAAGUCCACAUGAGAACUCACACUGGAGAGAGAUGCUACACAUGCCAACAGUGUGGACAACGCUUCUAUACUACAGGAAACUUUGCACAGCACAUGAGAAUUCACACUGGAGAGAGGCCGUACACAUGCCUACAGUGUGGAAAAAGCCUCUAUCAAUCAGCAAACUUGGCAGCGCACAUGAGAAUUCACACUGUGGAAAAGCCCUACUCUUGCAUUCAGUGUGGAAAGAGUUUUAAGCAAAAUAGUACCCUUGAAGCCCACAUUAGAGCUCACAAUGAUGGCAGAAUUUUUUCUUGCCAACAGUGUGGGAAAAGUUUUGCUCAAAAGCAAGACCUUGAGAUCCACAUGAGGAUUCACAGUGGAAAGAAACCUUACACAUGCACAGAGUGUGGUAAAAGUUUCAGAUUUAAAAGCACACUCAAACAACACAUGAUAAGUCACACCAGAGAGAAGCCAUUUACAUGUGCUCAGUGUGGAAGGAGCUUCACAACCAAAUCUAGCCUCAUGAACCACAUGAAUGUUCACACUGGAACCAUAGUGUUCACAUGUGAUCAGUGUGGAAAGAGUCUCACACGCAAAGACUCCAUUAAGAACCACAUGAAGACUCAUUCAGUAGAGCGUUUUAGUUGCUGUGAAUGUGGAAAAAGCUUUAAAUCUGAAAGAAGCCUUAACACUCACAUGAAGCUUCACAAUGGAGAGCAGAGUUCUCAAAAUUGA